AUGGAUAGAAGACCAUCAGGAUUUUCUAAAAUACCUUCAAUUGGAUCACGAUCCGUUCUUAUCGCUAUCGAUGGAUCUGAACAUUCAAAAAAAGCUUUUCAACAUUAUCUGAAAUGGCUUCAUAGACCAGAUGAUACCGUGACAAUAUUUCAUGCUGUAGAACCAAUCUCCCUACCGAGUAUUUCCCUAUCAAAUCCAAUUAGUGUACCAAGUGAUGAAUGGUCAAAUAUUGUACAAGGUAAUGUAAAGCGUGUUCGACAACUUGAAGAUGAUUAUAGUGCGGAGUGUAUAGGUCGUAAUCUAACAUAUCAAUUUCUUUAUGAACCUGUUGAACAUAUUGGUUCAGCGAUUGUACAAAAAGCUGAAAAAUAUCAAGUGAAUUUACUAGUGGUUGGUAGUCGUGGACUUGGUGCUAUCAAACGGACAAUUCUGGGCAGUGUCAGCGAUUAUGUUGUACAUCAUGCGAAUACAGCGGUUUGUGUUGUACCCUAUAUUGAUGAACAGAAAAAUAAUAAUGCGAAAAGUUGA